CUUUCCAUCGGAAUUUCCAUAAUCUGUCUCAUAUCCUAAGUCAUACCCUUGUCUGAGCAGAUUGGUGGGUGCCACAAAAUUCAUCCGGACGUUCCUUCAAUUUCUCCCCUUCCAUAUUCGAUUCAAGCUAACUAUCUGCACCUUCAAUUUCUUUACGCCCACCUGGACAAGUCCCCUUUGUAUCGGAAUCUCCAUAGCCUCUGAGGUGGUGGGUGUAUCUGUCGACGUGCAACAUCCGAUGUUUCUUAGAUUUCUGCGCUUCCGCAUCCGAUUUAAGCAAACUUCUCGCACUUUUUGAUUCCUUCACGCCCACCUGUGGUUUUCAACCUAUGUGGUGAGUGGUAAGAGUGAGACGAUAAAAUGGCAGACUUACCUGGAUAUAUGGUGGCUUGUGUGCAAAGUGGAAGGCUUGCUUUCCUAGCAAUUCUGGUGUCUGGAGGAAUUGUAUUGCAGAUUUUGGCAUGUGCUCUGUACAAUAACUGGUGGCCAAUGCUUUCAGUUAUUAUGUAUGUCCUUCUCCCUAUGCCUAUGAUGUUCUUUGCUGGAUCUGACGCCUCUUCGCUUUUUACAGAAUCCUCUGGUAACAGUUGGCUGAACGCCACCAAAUUCUUAACCGGAGCUUCAGUGGUUGGCAGUAUAGCAAUACCAGCUAUUUUAAAACAUGCUGGUGUGAUUGGUUGGGGAGCCCUAACUAUGGAGCUUUCGUCGUUUUUCGUAUUUGUUCUGGCCAUUUUGUGCUUCAUUAAAAUGGAUGACUAUGAUGCGUAUACUAUCCUUUGAUAAAUCAUUGGUGGUAUUUCCACUUUCCAUACCAGGACAAUUGAUCUCUGUUCCUGAAAGCAAACAUCUUCGGUGCGAUCACAGUUUUCGCUUGUGUAUGUGGUUUUUUGAUGUGUAAAUUAGUGCAUAGCAUUGUUUAUUGCCAUUAUGUAAAUCUUGUGAAGGUGGAGGGAAGAAAUGAAAGACUAAAAGGAGGCUGUCAUUGCAACUGUUAAUCUUCGAGGGAAAUGUGUGGUUGUUUUCAUUUGCUUCGGCUACUGCGUGUACUGCCUUAAUGGGAAAAUAUUGUUAUCAGAAAAAUAACUCAUUGCAAUGUGUAAAUCAAAUUCUUACAA